UUCAACCGUCUCUCGAGCUGCAGCUCCGGUCAGUUACUACAAAAUGGCUGCAGAGGCUCCGCCGCCAACGAGAACCUCCUGAACGCUUCACGCUGUGAGAAGAAGCAAAAAACACGAGAAGAGAACCAUUUGAUGGAAGAUAAGAAAAAGAAAAAGCAAGACGAGAAGAAAAAGAAAGAAGGUGCUCAGAAAAAGGCCACAGAACAGAUAACCAAAGUGCCAGACUCUGCCAAGCCGGACCCCGCCCCUCCUCUUCCCCCCGUCAACCCCAGUGCCGCCCCGCCUGCACCCCCAAGCAGUGGCAAUGGCAAGCGCGCCCCCUCCGGAGGUCAGCCGCAGACAGCACAGCAGCCCCAGACUCCGCUCCAGCAGCGCUACCCGCCCAGAGAGGUUCCCCCGCGCUUCCGCCAGCAGGAGCACAAGCAGCUGUUAAAGAGGGGCCAGCCUCUUCCCCCGGGGACCCUGCCUCUCACCACGGGACGUCCCGCCACUACUGAACCUGCAGCAGCAUUACCCAUACACUCCUCUCCCUCCUGCUCCUCAACAGCCAGCCUGCCUACAGAACUGCCCCCACAGAGUGGCACGGGAGCCCAGCAUGAUAAUCCCCUUUGGGGACACCUGCCAGCCAACAGGAUUGCCACAAGUGCUGCAUCUUCCACCAAUCUCAGUAGCUGGGAUCAACUGAUCAUUGACCAGAAGGACACAGAGGCUUGGCCUUCUAUUACCCUCAGCCAGAGCCAGGCCCCUCCAGGAGGAUGCCCUUUGGACACUGAUCCUGGUCGCCUGACCAGCAGCAGCAGUAGUACUAGUAGUAGUUGUAGUACAGUGAUUAUGGCCACAGGGGCUAAUAGCCAGGCUGGCCACUUCCCUGCCAACCAACUUAGCAGCAAGGCCAACAGUGGGCCAAGCCCUGCCAAUCAUACUGGAACCAGCAUGCUCUCUAGCCAGGUUUCAGCCAAUCGCAGCUGGGGCUCUGGGGCUGGACCCUCCCAUUGCCCUCCUCAGUCUUCAGUGGGGAGUGAAGGGAAGAGUGACAGCUCAGUAGGAGGAGGAGGCAGCAGGGGCUGGGGCUCUUCUUCAUCAUCUUCCACCAACAACUUUAACUUGAACCUAAACCCUAAUGCCAACCCUUCAGCCUGGCCAAUGCUGGGACAUGAUGGGGGUGGCACAGGGGGAGGCAGCUCAGGGGGAGCCAACAACAUUUCAACUCCUCAACCUACACCCAACCUCUGUAAUCCAUCUGGCCCCCCACCAACCCAGACCAGCACCUGUACUGGAGCCAACACUAACAGCAACUCUUCUGUGAUUGGCAGCGCCUGGGGUAGCAUGAUGACCUCUGAUACAUCAGAGCCACACCCCUCCCCGUCCACAAAUGUGUCUUUCAGUUCAGAACCUCAGAACCUUAAAACUGAUGGACCAAAUCACACUAAUAAACAGGAACCCCCCAGCCCCAUCCGCAAUUUGCCUGGCUGGGGUAGUGCACCUGUAGGCUUAGGUUCCAUGGGCCAGCCCCCAUCAGGGGGCCCACAGGUCAAUGGAGAAGAUGGUAGCUCAGUAUGGGGUAACAGUGGCGACUCAAAGGCACCUUCAUCAAAGGAGGCACCUGGCUGGGACUCAGGCUGGGGCCAUGGAGGAAGUGGAGCAGGAAACUCUGGAGGCUGGGGUGACCAGUCUGGUAGAGGUUGGGGAAAGCAGCACACUGAAGAGACACAGGGGGGCUGGGAUGCCCCUAGCUCUCCUCCCCAGGAUGCACAGGGUAGUCCCUGGAACAGAGCUGUGAGCACAGCUGCUGCCAGUGAAGGUAGCAGUGACAGCAUGGAAGGACAUCCCCGGCAAAGAGACCUUUCAGCCAGAGAUAAUCCAGCUCCUCUGCUGCCUGCCCAGGAUCUGGACCCCAGGGUUUUGUGUAACACUGGCUGGGGACAGACCCCUGUUCGUCAGCAUACCUCUUGGGACAUGGAAAAUGCUAAACGCAAGAAUGAAAGCUCUGAUUCAUGGGGCUCUGGCCCAACCACCCCAAGCACCCCAAGUGACACCCAAGGACCCUCCAACACUAACAUGGGCUCCUCACAGAGGACUGACCCUGGGGGCAAAAAUGAUGUGCCUGCUUCUCAGGGAGCUUCAGGUUGGGGUGGAGGCAUGUCUGCUCCCAACCAGCCUAGCUCUGGUUGGGGAGAGCAACCCAACAACAUUAAACCCCAAAGUGGCCCCAGUGGCUGGGGGAAUCCUCCACCAACAGGCCCCUCUACCAAUAUACCCAAGAAUGGGGGACAGUCCUGGGGAGAGGAAAAGUCUACUGGAUGGGAUGAACCUCAAAUCAAGACACCAUCCCAGGGCUGGAGAGAUCAGCCAAAAGCAUCUCACAGCUGGGGUAGCAGUGGAGGGAGCAAUAAUUCAGGGGACUGGAGAGAGGCAGAAGAGAGCAAAAAGAGUUCCACCAACCCUGGGUGGGAAGGUGAAACGGGAGGCUUGAAGGAAAAUCCUCGAGGUUGGGGAAUGCCUUCUACAGGACCUGGGAUGUCUGGACCUGGAGGCAAUGGGGGAUGGGGUGAGUCUGUCUGCCAGCGCCCCAAUGGCCCUCCCCAAGGCUGGGGGAGCAAGCCUCAGGAUGGGCCCAGUGGAAGCAGUGGAGAAAGGAGCAUGGGCUCCUGGAGCGGCCCAGGCCCAGUAAAGCCGAGCGGUGGCUGGACUGGCAACAAGCAGGAAUCCUCAGCAGAGCCCACAGGCUGGGAGGAGCCCUCUCCACCUUCAAUCAGACGUAAGAUGGAGAUAGAUGAUGGGACAUCAGCUUGGGGGGACCCUGGUACCUACAGCAAAGCAGUCAACUUGUGGGACAGGAACAAUCCAGGUGUUUCCCAGGCCAAAGUCCCCACUGGAGGCAAUAACCCCCCUGGCUCCAAUAACAACCACCCUCCUUCUCACAAUCACAACUAUCAUGGGCCGCCUGCACCUUUACAGAACCACACCCCCAACUCCCAAAACCCAGGGCCCACCAGUGGACCCAUGGAUCCUGUUGUCCAACACCAGUCUGGGCCAUCUCACAAUCGGGGUCCCCUGAUAGCUCAAGGUUGGGGAGAGAUAUCCAGCUCCCACAGUAAAUCAGAGAACUCGUGGGGGGAAGCUGCACCCGCUCCAGUCAGCUUGGACAACGGGACGUCUUCCUGGGGCAAGCCUAUAGGCAGCUGUGGAGGUUGGGCAGACAACAACCCUGACGGCUAUGGCCGGGGCAACCAGACGAUGCCACCUGCGUCUUGCAAACCUGCACCCAAACCUAUGCAAGAUGGAUGGGGAGGUGGAGGUGAAGAGCUGAACCUAUCGGGGGGUCAGUGGGACGCUGAGGAGGGAGACAUGUGGAACAACACUGCUUCCCAGGAAAGCAACUCCUCCUGCAACUCUUGGGGCAAUGCAUCCAAAAAGGCCCCACAGAAGGUGAAAGUCCCAGUGAAGCAAGAAGAUGCCUGGAUCAUGAAUCGUCUCAUCAAACAGCUGACAGAUAUGGGCUUCCCUAGGGACCCGGCAGAGGAGGCUCUGAAGAGCAACAACAUGAACCUGGACCAGGCCAUGAGCGCCCUGCUGGAGAAGAAGACGGAGCUAGACAAGCGGGGGAUGGGGAUGACCGGUCACGACUACAACAACGGGCUCAUCAACAAGCCCAUGAGCUGCCCACGGCCUCCGCUUCUUUCCAAAGACCCCUCAGCAGACCCCCGCUUGCCCUACAUGGAUAAGAUGCAGAGUGGAAUGUUUGGUGGAGCAGGUGGAGCAGCACAAGCCCGGGCCAUGCAGCAGCCUCAGCCGCCUCCUCAGCCGCCAGUGCCGCCUCUCAGUUCCUCUCAGCCUAGUCUACGUGCUCAAGUGCCUCAGUUUCUCUCCCCUCAGGUUCAAGCACAGCUCUUACAGUUUGCAGCAAAAAACAUUGGUCUGAAUCCUGCACUUUUAACCUCACCAAUAAACCCUCAACAUAUGACCCUUCUGAAUCAACUUUACCAGCUGCAACUGGCAUACCAGCGUUUACAAAUUCAGCAGCAGAUGUUGCAGGCGCAACGCAACGUUUCCGGCCCCAUUCGACAACAAGAGCAGCAAGUUGCACGUACAAUCAAUAACAUGCAGCAGCAGAUCCAACAGCACCAGCGUCAGCUGGCCCAGGCCCUGCUGAUGAAGCAGCAACAACAGCAGCCGCCCCCCUCCCACUCUGGCCUUCACCCUGGCGGGUCUAAAUCCUCCCUGGAUUCAUUUCCAGGUCACCCCCAGGCUCCAGGCCUCUCUGACCUGCAGACCAAAGAGCCGCAGUCAUCUCCAAACACCUACAGCCCCUACUCUCUCUCUGGACUGAAUCAAAACAUGAAUGUAAACUGCAUGGAGGUGGGGGGUCUGUCGAUGAAGGAACCCCCCCAGCCUCAAUCGCGUCUGUCGCAGUGGACGCAUCCAAACUCAAUCGAGAGCCUCUCUGGAAGCUCCUCUCCUCUAGAGUCCAACCUCGGCAAACAUGGUGCCAACCUGGGGCCCCCUGGCAAGCCUCAUCAACUGGAGGACUCUUACAGCCCCUACAACCUGAUGUCCAGCUCAGAGUCUCCUACAAGCCCCCUGGUCUCCCAAGACAACUGGGGCCAGAGCAAGAGCAGCAGUGACAAGAUGGCCAACGGGACCAAUAUCAACUGGCCACCAGAGUUCUGCCCCGGUGUGCCCUGGAAGGGUCUCCAGAAUAUCGACCCUGAGAACGACCCCAACAUGACACCUGGCAGCGUCCCCAGCGGGCCCACCAUCAACACCAACAUCCAAGAUGUCAACCGCUACCUGCUGCGGGACAGAAGUGGAGGCUCUUCUCCCACUUCAUCUCAGAACGAGGCUCUGCCUCCCUCCUCUGAUUGGCCAGUCAGUGCCUACACUAGCUCGUUCAGUCUGUCGUCCCCGGAGAUGGACGAUGCAGGUAAACUCCCAGAGAUGAAAUCAACAUGGUCUCCAGGCCCCAUCUCUCACAGCCAGGCCCCUCUGUCCCACGAGCUGUGGAAAGUCCCCCAGGGCCACAGGGGCAGUAACGUGGCGCCUUCCCGACCCCCGCCCGGUCUCACCAACACCAAGCCUUCAACCUGGGGGGGCAACUCGCUGGGUUUGGCUCAAGGCUGGAGCAGCUCUUACACCUCAGCAGGCACCACGUGGAGCACAGACACCUCCAACAGGACCAGCAGCUGGCUGGUUCUGAGGAACCUCACCCCACAGAUCGAUGGUUCGACUCUGCGUACUCUGUGCAUGCAGCACGGCCCCCUCAUCACAUUCCACCUCAACCUGACGCAGGGCAACGCGGUGGUGCGCUACAGCUCCAAGGACGAAGCUGCCAAGGCUCAGAAGUCCCUGCACAUGUGUGUGCUCGGAAACACCACCAUCCUGGCGGAGUUUGCCGGGGAAGAGGAGGUGAACCGCUUCUUUGCACAGGGCCAGCUGAUGGGCGGGACGACCAGCUGGCAGGCCACUCCAGGCUCCAAUCAGUCGAGGAUGGGCGGGACCGGGUCUGGAGCGUCCCAUCCUAUUGGUCACUCACCCCACUGGAACAACAACAACGGUGGCAGCAGCGUCAGUAGCAGCGGCCUGGGAACAGGCGGAGGAAAGGCGGGCGGUGAGUUGCUGUGGGGGGGCGUGCCACAGUACUCCAGCCUGUGGGGACCCCCGAGUGGAGAGGAGGGACGGGUGGUGGGGAGUCCAACCCCAAUCAAUACGCUGCUGCCUGGGGACCUGCUCAGCGGAGAGUCCAUGUAGGAACAAACCACCAACAGGAGCGAAAAACUUUGCAAAUCAUUGUGGAGAUAAUCAGUGUGGGUGUGACGGUGGAAAGGAGCGACGCGAGGAGGGACGAGGCUUCACCCUCGCUGCUCAUCCUCGCCCACCUCCUCGACUCCUUUUUUUUUUUUUUUUGUUUGUCAACAUUUCAUUUGCAGUUCAUUCUGUGAAUCUCAGUGAGAGAUUUAGCUCACAGUGUUCGGCUCUCACUCGUGGAGACACAGGAAAAAAAGUCUUUCACUCAACAAAGAAAAGAGAACUUUUUACAGACGUGAACUUCAGAGAACUCGCUGUGUGAAACUUGUACUUUAGUCAAACUGACACGACGACGAGCUGCCAUCCUGAAACUUGCGUAAUCCCUCUCUGCCUUUUGAGGCAAUCAUACUGCACCUCAGAGACCCAUUAAAAGGCAUCAUUCCCAAAGUUAAAAAAAAACCUUCAAUCAGAGUGGUUGUCGAAACUUUCAGCUGGUCCAGACUCAACAUUUGUUUCUCUCAGCACUAAUAUUAGCCUUAACCUCUCUCUCCUGCCCUGCUAUCCUCACUCACUCUGUACUUGGUGAAGAAGCAUACGGACACUUGCACACCCUUAUUUCUGAGCCAGUGAAACCUGAGUGGAGAUUACAUGCUGCUGCGGAUUUACAUAAACAAACCACAGCUCACAUUUUCAGUGCAUUUUUGCAAGCAGAUUAAGUUCCCCCACAACACGCUCAAAGGGAAUGAUGCAACUCUGUGUCCAAGCCAUUUGAUUUUUUGUAGUGGUUUUUAGUGUUUUUACGUUUUCUUCUUAAACCAUUGCAAGCAAAGCUAAAAAAAAAUGUGUCUGUCAAUCUUACCUGGUGGGGUGAGAGUUUUUGGGGGGUUUGUCACGUGAACAUUUUAAAGACGGGAUGGAUGACAAAAAAAAUGAACCACUGCUAUUACUACGGAACUGUAAAAGACAAAUAACUUCAAUGCACCUCACCUCGUCUGCGGGACGCUCGCAGUUUUGGUCUCAAUCUCGGACCCUGUCGCUGAUGUUGUGGAAAACCUCAAAAUGUUUCCCACCAGUGUUGUCAAACACCCCCCAUCCCCCCACCUCUCCCCUCCCCUCCCCCCGAUUCUCUCUUCCACUCCACCUGCAAAAAAACAAGUGACGUGCAAUAUAAGCCACAGACUCUACCGUCCAAGAAAACUUACCAUAACCUCUCUCAAGCGGAGAGGAGACUAUAAGGAAUGACUGAACUGCAAAAGCUCUAUCUGCCCUGCACCCACCCCUACCCCCCCUCCACCCUUAAAACUGCCACUACCACCCUUCAUCUCCCCCCUCCCCGAAAGUGUGUGAGCUCAGGAGAGUAGCGAGCUGGACUUCAACCCCCAUCUGUCCAAAAUACAAGGACGUACCCACAAAGCACUUCUUCAGCCAGCCUACUCUCCACACUUAUGCCAGUGACUAGUUCCGGGGGAGACGGAUGUGUGUGUGUGUGUGUGUGUGUGUGUGUGUGUGUGUGUGUGAGUUUGUGUGCUUGGGGAGAAGGCAUCAAACCAAAAUGAAAGGAGCCUGUUUUCCCUUCUUUUUACCCAGAAGACCAGAUGACCUUUAUUUUUCUUUCUUUUUGCCCAAAUAUGUAGAGGAGUAUGAAGCAAAGGUUUGUGAACAGGUGGUCUAUCAUAGCACUUAGCGAGAGCGCCGCAGCUCGUUUGACCCUUAAUGCCAACGACUAGAAGAAAGGAGAAGCAACACUGGCAAAUAAAAAAACUGACAAAGACAAAAAAGCAAUCUGCUUAGUGGCUUCUCUAUAUACUUAUUUUUUAACUUAACAUGGAUGUGAAGAUGUGUUUUUUUUGUCCUUCUUCCCUCAAGUUGGUGGGACCAGGAAGGAUGUCAAACAUGGUAGCAAAGUGAAGGGAAAUACAAAGAUUGAACUUCUUUACAAACUGAUGAUGGGUGCAGCAGUGAGAAGCACCCGUCCUCACCCUCUUUAUCAGAGUAAAAAUCACUGUUACAUUGCAUACUUUGAAAUCUUUAGCCUUUGGUUUCUGGAAACACUCGAACAUGUUUGUGUGUUACUGGGUCCAGCAGGGAGGAUCGCCAUCUUUUUUUUCGUCCUUUAUUUUUUUUGUCUUCUUUCUUUUUGGAGGCCCUGCCAACCUGUGUGAAAGUGUGGCCACUGAGUGCCUGCCUGCUGCGGAGCGAGGUGCUCUGCAGCAGCCCUCACCCCAUCCUCCUGCUCACUCGCUCGCUCGCCCGACACCGCCUCCCUGCGGAUCCCCCAUACAAGACUGGCUUCUCUCCUUUUUCCUGCCCUUCCCCCUUUGGCCUCCAAGCCAAGAGCAGCUCUAUCAGAACUGGCCCACCUGUAUUUAAGUUACUACUACUACUGCUGCGCCAGAGUCUGUCCUCAGCAACCUCCAACUCCACUCUCUCUGUCUCUCCUGCAAGGAUCACUUUAGCCAGAGAUGGAGGCAUUUCAUGUGUUUUGUGUUUUUCUUUUUUUUUGGUUUUACUUAUGGAAUUGCCAGUGUGCAUUUUUUAUUUUUGUUGUCAUGAAGUUUGCUGAUCUUGUUGCUGUUAUCAUUGACGAUAUAGAUAAUGAUUGUUUUUCUGAUGAUGAUGAUUUCAUGGCUUUUUGAUAUCAGUCGUUAUGCAGUGUUCAGCUCCUCUCCUGCCCCUCCCACUACCUCCAAGGCAUUGGUGUUUUUAGAGGUACGCCUCAGCUGUGCAGCAAGGUCAUGCAUAAUAGAGAAGGCUGGCUGGGGGGGUUAAGUUUGAGUCAUUAAAGGGGGGUUUUAAGUGAGAAACGACAUGUUAGAGAACGCUUCUAGACGCAAUAGUGAGCCAGCUUUCUUUUCCCCCUUCGUCUCAUUACACACACAUCCUUUAGUGUCGAUGGGCCUCACUCACACUGGUGCUUUAUGUUCAACUCUGGGAGCACUCAGUUACACUUAGUACCACCUCGACUGAUAACAGCCUUCCAUUUCUAUGCAAAGACAAGGAGGUGUUCGUUCGCAGCCAUCUAGAAAAACACAGCCAUCCGCCACAUCUGCCAAUCUCCACUCAGCUCUCAACCUUUACGACCAGGCAGCUGCCCUUAAACCCCGCCCCCAUACCCCUCUGUCUGAAGAAGUCCAUUUACACGAUGACACUAAAAUGACCUGCUGGAGGCACUAUUGGUUGGCGAUCAGUUUUUUCAGUUUUGUGCCAACUGAUGUACAAAUAUCUUCUUCCACCUCGCCAUAUCCUCAUUAACCUUUAGCGUGACGAGACUUUAGUCUGCUUUCUUGCUGCAGGAGGCUUUAGGAGUAGAAGGGCAGGACGGAUGAAUGGUGCUGGUAUUUAAUAAACAAAGGACUGGAAAAUUAGAAGCAGGCUGCAGGAGGAGGAGGAGGAGAGGGAGGAGGGGGGGGCGGGGGUUGUCCCUGUAUGUGUCUGUGCACUGUUUAUGGGUCACAUCGGGUACAUCUCUUUAAAAACCAAAAACAUCUUUUUUUUUUCUUUAUCAUCAAGGUUUUUUUGCAAAAACUAGAAACUAGAAAAAAAAAAAAAAAAAAGUCUGUUCCAGCUGUGCACUCCGAGGCUGUGACACCUGUUUUCUCUGCAAGCCGCCUUCUCACCCCCCUCCCCCCCCCUCCCCCCCUGCCUGGGCUCUUCUCAGGUGGGGGGGAAGCUGUAUCCAGGUGGUUCAUUUAUGGACCUCCAACCUGAAGGUGGUGCAGGCGGAUUUAUUACAACAGGUCAUUUUCUGCACAUCUGGCUCUGGGGUCGGGGGUCCACGCAGGGACCUGGUGUAUCAGCAGAAAUGGGGGGACACACCUCAAGUUUGGUACCAAGUCUUAAAACUUUUGCCCUCUUCCCGAGUCGCUCGAGACUCGCAUCAUUCAACAAACCAAUCACUAUUGCCUGUUGUUGUCUGUUUGUGUGUUUGUUCCUGAAAAACCUGCAUUUACUCCACACUGGACUUGAAUCAAUGAACUGGCGUUGGAAGCAGGGGAGUCGAACAGAGCGGGAGGUCGGGUGACUGGGACGGAGGUCGGGUCUCAGAUGUGCCCUGGAUUUCUUGGCGCAGCACCAGCACUGAGAGCCCCGCCCCCCUCCCACACCUCCCCUUCCCUCCCCCCCUGCACUCUCAUCUACCUGUCUAGUGUUGGAAAUCAGAUGCUCGCCCCCUUUUUUUAUUAUUCUUUUUUUUUUUUUUUUUUUUUUUUUUUUUUUUUUUAUAAAGUCGCACGGACUCAGAGGAAACUGGAGCUCAAGCAAAAUCUGCGUCUCAAUCAUGGAUCAGACCGGGGCCCUGAGUAGAGUGGAAUUAGCAGAUCUCCGAGGCCUGGGUUGAAUAUGCACAUGCUAGUUCAUACACAGAUACAAACUAAGAGUACAUAACGGCUGUAUGUGUGUAUACGACUAGAUCUCUCUGUUUCCCCUUCAGCCCUUACAGCCUGUGUGUCCUCCUCGACAUUUCCCAGAAGACAAGAUCAUAAACAUAUCAGAGUAAUACAAAAUAAUGAAAACAAAUACUUGAAUCAAAAGAAGCGCCAAUAAUGUAAUGUGAACACUUUUUGUAGUGGUUUUUUUGUCUCAUUCAUACACUUCAGAGAUUUUUGAUAGCAACGGUUCAGAGCGAAUCAAAAUUUAAAAUACGAGUGUUGUUGAAAACAAAGGUCGAUAUAAAAGGCAAAUUUACAUCUGUCGUAUUUGAGUGUUUGCACAAGGCUGCUUGAACUGUAUGUCGUACGAAUGAUUGUUUAUUUAGCGCGCAAGGUUGACGAUGAAAAUGUGUGUGAGAGCUCGUGAUUACAGCGGAGGAAGAUCCGCCUUGUGAUUCUUUUUUCGAUUCAGUAUACUUUGAUUUUUUUUUUUCUUUGCUUGUCAAAACUAUAUUCUGAUGUUAAUUGUUACUAGCCUCUAGCGUUGCACUGAGUGUCGGCCUCACCCCUCAUCCAGCUAAAUGAACAACAUGAUACAAGUACUGAGGGGGGACGGGGACAGUUCAUGUGUAAAUGUUUACUCAAGGACUAAAAAUAAGUGUGUUUUUAAAAAUGUAAUGUUUAUCUACCUUAGUGGCUUUCAUUGUGGAAUAAUCCAAGAAAGUAUGGAUCAUAAUUGAGUAUUGCACCAUUUUUCAGACUGUAAACCUAAAAAAAAAAACCUAAAAAUGAAAAAAAAAAUCACAUAUAUAUUUAAAAAAUGCAGCAAAAAAAAGUAUUUUGCAGACCUGUGGCCAUAGAUCGAGGUAGAAGGACUUCAGCUCUCCAAAAUCUGAGCAACGGAGAGCGUGAAGGACGAGACAUCAGACUGAGCCUUGGCUUCUAGGGCUCACUUCAGAGGUGCCUACCUUUUUGGUUUGUUAGCUUUCGUUCUGUUCAGUUCACUCAUGUUGUCGGUUUUUUUUUUUUUUUUUUUUUUUCUGCAAGGCCACUGACAGUUUACAACAACGAGAAAAAUCAGCGACACACAAGAAUUAAACGUAUGGGAAUGUUGGAAAAAGACAAAAAAAAGGACAAAUGCUUCCAUUUUUAAAGAAAAAGUGCGACACAACACUUCACAGAAUGAAGAUCAAUCGUGCUACUUUCAGAACUCUGGGAUUGAACAGUGUUGUCUUGUUCUGUUUGACCUUCUUGUCGAUGUUGAUUUCAUGGACUAUCUGAAGCCUGUAUGUUUUAUGUUGAUUAUAUAUAUUUUUCCUUUGUAUAAAAAGAAAUGAAAAAGAUUUAAAAAAAAAAAAAAAAAAAAAAAAAAGACAUAAUUGCUCACUAUCUUGCACACAAACGAAAAAGUGGAUCUUGUCUCAGGAAGGCCAGGGUUCCAGAGUACCGACUCCACGCCAUUUUAAUGUACAUUUUUAUGAUGAGUUAAAAGUAAAAAAAAAAAAGAAAAAAAAAAGGAUGAUUUAAAAGAAACAAUUCUAAGCACUGAAAGUUAUGGAUUUCGGAAGAAGAGAAAUUUACCUGUUUCUAAAUCCGUAGCAGUUACAUAAUAACCAAAUAAUGGACUUUAAAUGAAAAUGGAGUGCUUUAUAUAUAAAUCUAUAUAUUAAAACUGCUUUACAUUUAAAAACAAAAAAAAGGUCAAUGAUUUUGAUUGUUAAAAAAAAAAAAAGAACGACGGUGAAUAACAUGCAAAAUGCUGUAUGUUUGAAUCUUUCUUGUGUGUUUUUCUUAAUGAGGUCCCGUCCUGACUGAAUCAGGAACAUUGUGCAUUACUCUUUCUUUCCUCUCUCUCUCUCUCUCUCUCUCUCUAUCUUUCUCUCAUUCUCCCACAGCGGGUAUUAUUGUUACUAUGAUUAUGAAUAGAGGUUAAAAAUCAGACUUUUGUGGAGCGUUUCCACGUCUCGGAGGAUGUUUGUAAAACAUGAGCUGGUUGUAAAGGAUCAUGAAACUAUGCACAAGUGUUGGGGGGGGUUGGAAGAUGGGGAUUUUAUGGCCUACUUCGAAGUGGCUGGUUUAUUGCAGGGGGGGUUUAAUGUGUUGUUGUUUUUUAAGGGGGUGGAGGGAUGAUUCAUGUGGAGUCCCCCCACCUCCAGCUUCCUCCCCCUGAUUCAGAUCGACCUAGCGCUACAUCGCCAUGCUGUGUACUCCUAAAAACCAAUGAGCGUCUCACUCUUUAGCACUGUGGGAUUCUAGCCUGUCACCCUCAACGGGUUUUUAUUUUCUGUUGUUAAAGGUUUUUUUUCUUGGAGGGUGGGGUGGGAUCGUGGGUGGGGGGGAGUUCGGGUUUAGGGCUGCUUUUUUUUUUUUUUUUUUUUUUUGCCUUUUUGUUUUUUGUUUUUGAAAUAUUAAGUAAAAUGUCUGUACUGAGAUUUAAUGAAAAGUCAGUGGCUUGUAAUGUUUUAUUUUUUUCUCUCUGUAUAUCUCUUUCUCCUCAUAGAAUGUGAUUGUUCAAUGACAUGCACCGAAACAAAUCUUUUCAUGAACUAUGGAGCUUCUUUCAAAUAUUAAUAAAAUAGCUUUUUUCUUGGCUGUUAAAAAACA